AUGUGUAUAUAUCUGCCGACUUACCCCAUAUCUCCUUGUCCCCUGUGCCAUAGAUCUGCCCAUGAUUGGGACGCUGCGCGGUGUGCACAUCAGAUUACCUACUUGGGCUUGCUAGAGAAUGUGCGUGUACGUCGUGCUGGGUUUGCGUACAGAGGCGAAUACAAACGCUUCAUUGACCGAUACAAUCUGUGUCACCUGUCCACGCGCCAUUGGAACAGCAACGACAGACGAGGCUGUGAGCAGCUCAUGAGUGCACUGGGCAUUCCGGAUACAGAGUGGCG